AAUAAAGUUCUCCAAUGAAACAAGUUGUUUUUUAUCAAAAACUGUUGCAAAUUAAAGACAAGUGAAAUUUGGAAAUAAAAGCACUAUGAAAACACAUGAUCAAUAUUCUCAUUUCCGUACACAGUAAUUUUUCGUUUCACCCACUAUUGAGACGGAACCGACGGAGAGGCGAUCGCGAACCGGCCACUGAUCCGGCAGGCAAAAAGAUCACAGCCACGUCAUUUUUCUGUGAGCCUUUGCCGUGGCAACACACGGUCCGCGCGUGGUGCGUGCGCUGCAGAGUGAAUAUCAAGAUACCAGUGGCUCUUGGGAGAAAUCCCUUAGAGCAAGUGGAAGGCAUUCUCUUCAAGUUUCACAGGGUGUAGAGCCAAGGCGACUUGAGUGAAAGAGAGCAAAACAGUUAAUCUUUUUCCGUGCUCUUUGGAACGCAAACAAUCUGGUUGUGAAAAGGUUUGAAAGUGAGAUAAAAAUGUUGCCCCUUAACCGAUUGGUGAAGUGUUUUAAUCGUGUUCAAGUGCAGUAAAGUGAAGCGUGUAAGGAUCGUUGGAACUGCAACAGUGUCCCGCUCAACACAAGCCAUCAAGAUAAAGAGUUUGGCCAGGAAGUUCGAAGAAGCGUGCAGGAGCUUUUAGACACGGAAAGUGAUCUUUCUGGUUCGAAGGCGAAAACUUACACACACGUACGUGUCCGCAAAGGACAAGCACGGCGCGUCUUAUGAAGGAUACAAACACGAUGGGAGAAUCGACACCGAUUUGCCGUUGCCGGGUGCUGUACCUGGGCAGUGCCGUGCCGCGGCAAAGCAAGGACGGUUUGCAGGGUAUACAGGAACCGUUGCGAAGCCUCUACCCUUCGGAGGGUGCGAUCGGGGCGAAGGGUAUCGAUUCGUGGCUAAGCGUCUGGUCGAAUGGUAUUCUGCUCGAGAAUGUGGACGAAAACCGGAAGCAAGUGACGCGCUUCUUCCCGAUCGAAUCGCUACACUACUGUGCCGCUGUACGGCAGGUGCUGAUACCGGAGCGGGGCAAUAACAAUCCGGAACCGAAAUUUCUUCCCCUAGACUCCCCUUUUGCCCGUACGCCACGCGCACAGCAUCCGCCUAUCUUUGCGGCCAUCUUGCGGCGCACCACCGGUAUCAAGGUGCUCGAGUGUCACACCUUCAUCUGCAAGCGGGAAGCGGCUGCGAAUGCGCUUGUUCGCUGUUGCUUUCACGCGUACGCUGAUAAUUCGUACGCCCGGCAGUUGGAAGGUGGCUCCGGAAGUGGCAGCUCGAACAGUGUGUACGGCACGAUCGGUGGCAAAUCGAAUGGUACGGGCGAGGGUUGGCGAUCACGUGCCGGUAGCACGACCACGCUCAACAGUGUCGGUGUCAGCAGGCAACCAAUUAAUGGCGUCGGCGAUGCGUACACGGUAAAAAAUCUUUAUGCCAGCAGUGCGGACCUAGAGGUAGUGGAUGACGGUGAAAGCUCACUGUACAAUGGCGACGAAAAUCACAAAGUGUGGAACGGUUCCACCGAUCAGAUCGAUGGCAUCGGCUUUGGUAACGAUGGUCACUACGAUAUCUAUUCCGGCCCUGGUGGUCUCGGUGGCAGCACUGGAGGUGGUGGCGUCGGUGGCGGCUCAACGCUCGGACGCCCGGCACGGGUUCGCCAGAUCAGUGCACCGGUUCCAGUACCACCGCCGCCGAAAGAGGAACCGAAAAAGUCCAAGAAGGACAAGAAAGCGGCCAAGAGCACAGCCCAGCAACAGGCCCAGCAGCAGGUAGGCAGUCAAAGUUUAUCCGGUACGCUUAUAAGACCACGUCCCAUGCACAUGAAUCCACUAGGUCGGCCGGCUGCCGGUCCAGCCUCAGCCAACUCUGCCGCAGCAAUGGCCGCCGCAGCAGCCGCACAUCACGGCAUGAUGAUGUACCACCACCAUCAUCACAAUCCCCAUCACCCGAUGGCGGGUCAUCCCGGUUCCGGUCCGCCGCCGGUACCGGGCCGCCAGUUCCACACCAUAGGUCACCGCAGCAUGAAUGGCAGUGCGGCGGCGGCAGCGGCGGCGGCCAUGGCCGCUGGUCUACCUCCCCAUCCCAUGCUCCAUCCCCACGCCCAGAUGCACCCAGCGAUGGGUCUCCCACAUCCCGGUAUGCAUCCGCACGCCGGCAUGACCCUGCCGGCAAUGAUGAUGGCACCUCAGUACGCGACCCUGCAGCAUCCGCGCACCAGCAAAAAGAAGAAGGACAAGGGCAAAACGCUUAACGGCAGCAAUGGUAGCAUCCCGAUCGGUGUACCGGUCGUACCGCCGAUGUUUGCCUAUCCGCCCCAGCCGAACGGUAGUGUUGGUGGUGGGCCCGGUUCCCUGGCGGACAGUCGUCCACUGUCGAUGAGCAACCGGAAGUUGGCACAGUCGGCUGCAGCCGGGUUGGAUGAUAUGUCGGGCAACUCGGGCGCCGAAUCACCGGGCGGUACGGGUAUUUAUCGGCGCAAGGGACACCUGAACGAGCGCGCUUUCAGCUACUCGAUUCGGCAGGAGCAUCGCAGCCGGAGCCAUGGUUCGCUCGCUAGUCUACAGUUUAAUCCGCCCGACAUGAAGAAGGAGCGCGAGAUCGCACAGAUGGUGGCCGGACUGGAGCUGACAGACGAUUCGACGUUAAGACGCCGCUCGGAAGUAGCCGGUUCGUCGGGUACGUUCGGUAAACCGAGAAGAUGAGCGUAAGGUCGGGUUUGUCGUGUGUGUCUCAUUGAAGUCACCGUACAUAAAACCGGGACGCGGAACAAGCAAAAAAAAAAGCUUUCUCCGCGAGGGGUUCACAGCAUUAGAUUUGAUCGCAUGGGGAAUCGCAACACAACGAAAAGGAAAAUGCUCGUAGUAUGUGGUUUUUAACGAUAGUAUGUUGUAAAAUAGGCAUCAGACCGAUGGGAACUCUAGCAUCACAUAAAUGGCAUUAGAUGGUAGUAGUGUAAGCAGCGAACAGUUGCACGAAACGCAAUGGAACAGUCACAGUAUCCCAGCAACGGGACACAUUCGAGCCGGUUCUCUAUUACCAAAACAUUUUUUAUAUCCAUUGUUAUCAUGGUGACAGCAUCAAUGAGGUUAGUAAUGGUUCGCAGACACUGUGGGUAGCAUUAGUAUACGCUACCGUUUAGAAACUAUAAACUAUAACAUUUUGGGAUGGUAAGAGGACGUCGUUUCGACAGCUUACUUUUUUUUUUAAAAAUACUGAUUUUAUGUUAACAUGUCUUGAACUUUAGCUGUACGAACCAUAAAGCAGAACAACGAAAAUACAUAAAAUGCACACAUGCCGAAGAGUGAAGCGAAUGGCGAUAGUGCCCCGUCACAAAAAGGUUGUCGACCGGGUACCGGUAGUAUUGCAAAGAACGGACAAGCAGCAGAUAUAUGCAAUUACAAGAAGAAAUGAAUGUGCCUUAUUAGGUAAUUAGAUAAUUUAAUUAUAAUCAAGCCCUGCAAGAGAAUUCCCCCAUUUAACGCAGUGAUGGUUUACACUAACGAAACGAAUAAAAGUGAAAUUUUAGUGUUUGCUAAUUGAGGAUGUUUCCCGUAUGGUACCGAGCAUAUCAGACCGAGCUUUCUUCUGCAUUUCGUUUGACCUUCUAAAUUACCCUGGGAAAUGAAGUUUUUUUAUGCUCUUGUUGUUGUUGUGUGUGAGAGUUUCUUUUUACUGCUGACGGUGAGCUUUUAAACGAAAUUUCUGUACAGCAUGCAGGUUUGAAAGUGUCUUGGAAGUGCUUUUAUCACUCCACCGGAAAACAGUGUGACGUCGGUGCGUAAGAGCAAAAUGCUCACCAGUGUGUGCGCGCGCGCGCGAGGGCGUCAUACGAUCGAUACGAUGGAUGCGGUUCAACUCAUUUUAAUGAUCGUGUGUUUCGACACCUUCCGAUAAGAAACAAAAAACGCUUUCGCAUGAGAUUCGCACUAAAGGUAGGCACAUUGAAAACAAGAAAGCAAAAACGUCAAACGCAUUCGUAACAGGGGGAACGCCCGCCGGUCAAAAGGAAAGUGGUCGAAGUGGGUGGCUUGCUACCCAUUAGCCAAAAUGCGUUCGAAAGCGAAAACGGAAGAAAAGUGCCACGGGACCGAGUGGAGCAGAUAACAAAAAAAAAACGCAAUAGUGUGAUGAGGAAAUUGGGGGAGAAAAACAAUGCAGAAGAAAGGAACGGAGACGUGCUUUGUGGGGCACGAUAAACGUCGGGAGUCAAAAUUUGAUCAUCAAUCAAUCGUGAAGAAGCCAUCGAACGGCGAGAAAACUGAAAAAAGCGUCAGUAGCGUCGGUCAAGGAAAGAGAAAUGGGCAAACCGUAAAGUGAGCGAGUAAGAAACAAACCAAUCCAGGCACAGCUCAACCACAUGGAAUAGACAAAACAAGUGUAUUUGCCGAUAAAACGAGACACCGUAGGAUGGAAGAAACUGUCGGCAGUAGAGAGGACAGCAUAAAAUUUCUCCACCAGGCCAAUUUGGGAGUGUAUGGUACAAAAAAAAAAACUUGAGGACAAAAAAAAAACAACACUCCGCCAUUUUAAGCGCCAACACGACACAUUCUUUGUUAUUUCGCAUCUUCUUCCACAGUAGAAACACAACCAUUUGAGAUACAAAGAAAAAAAAACACGAAGUUAUCUAUGAUUCAGGUUCUUCAGGAGCUUUCGACAGCGUUCCGUUUGUGACCCAACUUCACCAUUCAUAGUCUUGGUAGGAGAAGCAAAUGAUUGUACGAAUAGAAAGCAACAGGUGAAAGAUGAAACCAGAGACCCUUGUACCAUAAGCAUCAGUAGCAUCACUAGCAGAUCGGGGUGGGCGACUAGAGGGCGAUAUCUUUUUUUUUUUUUUUGGUAGAUCGUAAGCGGCAGUUUGCCAAAUCUUUUACGAACUAAAACCUUAGAAGCAAGUAAACCUACAUAUGAAUUGUUAUCCAAUCAUUUUAAUGUCAAGAAGAAAUACAAAAUAUUCGAACAUAACGAA